GAGUUCAGACACAACACACACAAAGGGGGAGGAGAAAAACCUUGAAGAUGCUGAGAUUGAAGAGACUGAUUGAAAUCGCACCAAGAAGAAGUGUCAAUGGUAGAAAAUUGCUCAAAGAGGAAGUACAGAUUUUCCCAGAAAUCCCUCUACGAAGUCCUUCUCAAUGGACUUCCAGUCGCUUCCUUGACAUUUAUCAGAUGGGAAAUAAGGACGCAAUUGAGAGAGAACGAGCUCGGCUUAAAGAUGAGAUGAAUAGGGGUUACUUUGCGGAUAUGUCGGAGAUGAAGCAACAUGGUGGGAAGAUUGGACCGGCAAAUAAGAUAAUAAUUCCAGCGGUUGCAGCUGUGAAGUUUCCUACAGUUGAAGUGAACUACUCAGAUGGUUCUAGCCUUAAGCUGCCCAUAACCUCUGACAGAAAUGAUGCCAAUUUGUCCAAGUCAGAUAUCCCAAAAGCAUCUUUAGUGUGUUUGUCGUUUCGGGCAAGCUCACAGCCUAUGGUUGAUUCCUGGAGCUUUCCAUUCCUUAAAACUUUCAGUCAUAGCCCUGAUGUUCGGUUAUAUGAGGUAUCCUUCAUAGAUUCGUGGUUAUUGACUCGCAGUCCUAUAAAAAAGCUACUUCUCAAGAUCAUGAGGAAACAGAAGCCUGGUGAAAAGCAAGAUGUCCUGCAAAGGCAGAUUGUUUAUUCUUUUGGUGAUCAUUAUUACUUCAGAAAGGAGCUUAGGAUAUUAAAUCUUCUUACAGGGUACAUUUUCUUACUCGACAGACUCGGUAGAAUACGAUGGCAAGGUUUUGGUUUGGCAACGCCAGAUGAGUUGUCGUCACUUCUGUCCUGCACGUCCCUAUUGCUGGAAGAGAAAUAAGAAAUACACUCAAUAAUCGAGAUUGACUCUUUUGUUGAGCAAACAAGACAACUGCGAACUCUAUCUGGAGACGGGUACUAUCAGCUUUGCAUUAUGCAUCAUAAUGUCAAUUUCCCUAAGGACUGACAAUAUGGCCAUCUUCGGUGAAAUUUUGAUUGUGGAGCUUGUAUUUGAUAUAUGAUCCUAUUACACUUUUGUUAUCUCCUCCAUCCAUAUUAUACUUGAGUUACAGUGCAGGGGUAUAUCCCUUCACGGCACAUGCACCCAGCAUGGAAUAAUACGUUUUAACAUGAUAUUUGUGCAAUCUUCGUGUA